CGUCACCAAACUUGAAUGAUUCUAACGAAAUUUCCAAACCAAAUGAUGCUCAAUCACCAGCACAAACACGUCAACCGCGUACCCAAGAAGAUUUCCAGCUGAGUGUUCAGCAUAUGUUAGAACACGCUAACUUUAAUGAAACGUCUAGUCGAGAAGCUUUGCAAAGCUCAACUCAUAGUCCAUUGGAUAGUAUGGGAAGCGCAACUGAGUUGACGAAAAGCAACGCUAUGAAUGAUGCGAUUUCAACGGUUGACGACUUAACAAAAGAGGAGCUAGAAGAUAGGGAUAAAGAUUUCGUUGGUUCAAAUACGAUGCUGAAUACCACAAGCACUCACGAUGUGACAAAGGCCAUGAGCGACAUUGAUGCAUCAUCGGCAAAAAAACGUGCAGAUUUGGGUAAGUUUAAACUGGAUGGAAUUUCAAAGCCGAUUACCGUAUGCAGGUCGGCUGAUGAUCGAGUGCUCGCGCUGUUUAACGUGGUAAACAGUCGAAGUGGCCCUGUAAAAAGUGGAGGCUCUCGUUCACGUACACGAUCUCGUUCACGUAGUGGCAUUGCUGCUUCGCAUAGAAGUGGUUUGCCAUUGAAUCGCAAGAAACGUGCUAUUCUAAGUGAUUCAGAGGAUGAAGGUGCCGCAUCACAGCAACUGAAGCGAGCCAAGAUCAUUGAUUCCGAUAAUGAAGAUGAGGUAACAGUUGGCGAAGGCAAUGAAAACGCAGGAAUUCAAAAACCUGAUGAAGGCUUACCAAACCAAAAUGAAAUCUGCUCGCCCAGAUCGGAAAAAAGUAAAAGCCAAAGCAAAAGUCCAGAAAUUGACGUCGUUAACUGUAACGAAAACGAUUCGUCCUCCAAAAAUUCACGUGCGGCAGCUGAAGCUUCAAAUCCCGUUGAAUCAAAUGAGAACCGUGAAAAAUCCGAAAUGAUAUCGAAAUGGCCAGAACCUAUUCACAAUUCAACCAUGAGACACACCUCUGAACCGAGUACAAGCACUAAUUCUGGAAGACCAUCAAAAAAUCAAAUUGUUGACCAAGUAAAAACAAUAAUGACAAUGGCAAACGGUUUGAAAUUUUUUCGAGAUGAAACAAAAUUGAAAGCUAUUAAUACGAAUCGAAAAAAUCUGGCAUCAGAGAUUAAGUCUUUGUUUAAUGCGAUUGAACCUGCCAAAAAUAUUCUUUCUGAAGAAGAAUUAUCUAGUUUGAAUUAUUUGAUCGAAGAGAUUGAAGGCACGUACAUAGACGAUCCAGCUGUUGGAGAUUUCAAACAACGGCAACUUCAAAAAUUACGUAAACACCUGAACUCCAUUAUUGAGAUCAUAUGCGUUGACUGAUUAAAUAUAAGCUAAGAGACUCCACAAUGCACAGAUCUAUUUUAUAAAUUGUACAUAUCAAAACGUGUCAAAUGAACUAUAUUCGAAUGUCUGGCAAUCAGAUGAAUCAUUGUAGUAUUCGUCUCAAACGUUAUGUUUCCAAAUGUCUAAUUAUAAAAAAGGGGAUUUUUGUCUCGGAAUUUGAUUUAUUUAAAAUGAAUAGCGCGGUAUUAUAACAUGAACUGAGAAACAUAUAACAAUAAACCUGAAAAAUUUUAAAUAGUUUGAACGAAAAUAGAAGAAAUAGUUGUGAAUAGCAUCACUAGAAAUUGAAAACAAGCAUAUGUUCUAAA